ACACACUGCCAAGCCACACACACUUGAUCUGCUAUAAAUCUCAGAGGUGUCCAUGCAACAGGUACCGCACAGAACCACGACGAGUGGAACGGAGAGAACCCCAACAACAGAGUGAACAAAAAUGGCUUUAAAAAUCACGCUCUUAAUGCUGCCGUGUGUGAUGAUGAUGAUGAUGGUCGCUCAGGCUGCUCCUCAGAGGCAUCAGGGAAAAGUCAGCACUCAUCACAAAUCUCCGAACCCUUCUGAAGAUAAUUCUCCCAAAUAUUACGUCAUCACUAACCUGGAAUCUGAAAUCAAGUCGACAUCACACUCCAUCCGGCCCAUCCAGAACAACUCCAUCUCACCCUGGGAAUAUGUUUCCACAACUGAUUCAAAUCGGAUUCCAUCUCACAUCGAUGAGGCUCGGUGUCUCCUGACCGGCUGUUUCAACAGUAAUGGCGUUGAGACCCUGGAAUUGGAGUCCAGACCGAUUUUCCGGCAGAUUCCGGUCCUGCACAGAGUCCAUGGCAAUGACAGAAACUACUACUUCAGACUGGAAUAUAAAACCAUCUCAGUGGGAUGCACCUGCAUCCGGCCAUAUGUACAGCAGAUGUGAUACAGAAGAUCCUGAAGUUUCUGUGGAUUUUUAUUAUUAACUUUAAUAUUACUAUUAUUGUUAUCAUCACCUUAUGCAUACCUUUCAUGAUAUUUGAUUUUAUUUAUUAGUUUAAUAAGAAGUUCAUGCAGGUUUUCUAGAAUGUGUGUUAACUCUGUUAUUUAUUCACUGACGAUAUGUUUGAGGAUGGA